UGGCAGCGGGCCUGCCUUCCACAGGUGGUAGGUGUGGCUGCUCCCCAAGCCACUUAGAACAAAUCUGUCCCCGUCCAAUGAGGACAAAGGACAGAGGGACUGCGUUUCAACCUGGAGCUCCCAUGCGAGGAUGUGCAUCUCUUCUCCACGAUGAAUGAGUGUCACUAUGAUAAACGGAUGGACUUUUUUUAUAAUAGGAGCAACAGCGACACUGCCGAUGAGUGGACAGGAACAAAGUUCAUAAUUGUUUUGUGUGUUGGAACAUUUUUCUGCCUGUUUAUUUUUUUUUCUAAUUCUCUGGUCAUCGCUGCAGUGAUCAAAAACAGAAAGUUUCAUUUCCCCUUCUAUUACCUAUUGGCAAAUUUAGCUGCUGCAGAUUUCUUUGCUGGAAUUGCCUAUGUAUUCCUGAUGUUUAACACUGGCCCAGUUUCAAGAACUUUGACUGUCAACCGCUGGUUUCUUCGCCAGGGACUUCUGGACACCAGCUUGACUGCCUCUCUGACCAAUUUGCUGGUUAUUGCUGUGGAGAGGCACAUGUCAAUCAUGAGGAUGAGGAUCCACAGCAACUUGACCAAAAAGAGAGUGAUUCUGCUCAUUCUACUGGUGUGGGCCAUCGCCAUCUUCAUGGGGGCGGUCCCCACGCUGGGCUGGAACUGCCUCUGCAACAUCUCUACCUGUUCUUCCCUGGCCCCCAUUUAUAGCAGGAGUUACCUCAUUUUCUGGACUGUGUCCAACCUUGUGGCCUUCUUCAUCAUGGUGGUGGUAUACAUGCGGAUCUACAUGUAUGUCAAGAGGAAAACCAACGUCUUGUCUCCACAUACCAGUGGGUCCAUCAGCCGCCGGAGGGCUCCCAUGAAGCUGAUGAAGACAGUGAUGACUGUCUUAGGAGCAUUCGUAGUGUGCUGGACCCCAGGCCUGGUGGUCCUGCUCCUGGACGGCUUGAACUGCACUCAGUGCGGUGUGCAGCACGUGAAACGCUGGUUCCUGCUGCUGGCGUUGCUCAACUCCGUCAUGAAUCCCAUCAUCUACUCGUACAAGGACGAGGACAUGUACAGCACCAUGAAGAAGAUGAUCUGCUGCUUCUGGCAAGAGAGCAAUGCGGAGAGGCGCCCAUCCCGCAUCCCCUCCACGGCCCUCAGCAAGAGCGACACGGGCAGCCAGUACAUGGAAGAUAGUAUUAGCCAAGGCACGGUCUGCAACAAAAGCAGCUCCUAAACUUCAGACUUCGCUCCACCCACCCAGGCUUCCCUGGGAACCAGAGCUCUUAAGAACGCUUACCUGUCUCUGUGAAGCCCACAACAGUGUUACUUGAGGUCUAAAUUAAUCACCGCUAGAUACAAAACAAUGUUUUUUCUUUGAUGGGCAGUGAAGAGAAGACACAGGUGCAUUUAGCGAGCAUGCGCAGACACUCAGGCCGCAGUGCCAGUUCCUGCUGCUCAUCCCGGGAGCUGCUCAGGGGAUCUGCCAGGCUGACUGGGAUUCCUGGCUCAGCUCGGUCCUGUAGCCAUUCUCUUUGUGUUUUAAAAGAUGUCUUUAAGGGGCCUAGGCCACAGUAAAUAAUAAAUAUUGUCACUUGAGCCACCUAAUGCAGCUGCUAGGAAAGCCUAUGUAGUUCUUUCUGCAUGCAUUUAAGACUCUCAGAAGUGCUUCAGCAAUAGUAUACUUUUUCCUAAAGAAAUCUGACCAGUAGCUAGCUGUUAAUAGAAAUCUACAAAUAACAGGUCAAUAAACUUGAUUUUUUUUUUAAACCAAAGAAGCAUCAUCUGAAGUAAGAAAGGGCCUUGGUGUGGCCCUCUACCCAUGCGUGCAUGUGUACGCGCUUGGCUACUUACACAAUGUAACUUUGUAUUGCAGAAUUCCUAGGACAGGGUUGGUGAAGCAAAUGCACCGGUCAUCUAGACUUUCUGGCCUAGGAUGGUCACUGUAGAAGUGAUCUUUUGUGCUGUAAAAACAAACAGAAAGUUCACUUAAAGUCAGACAGUUAUUUUUAAAUUUGUUUUUUGUUUUUGU